UGCGCUUUUACUAUCCAUCAAAAACAUUUAAAGUCCUCUUGCGCAAGUGGGUUAUUUUCAUAUGCUCACGUCUCAGCCUAAGUGAUUUUUUACUUCCUAGAGAUGGGAAUAAUGGUGGGAAUGUUGAACAACUGACGCAGCAAAGAGUACGUAAUGUAUCAGUUGAUGAAAGAAUUGAAGGUUUACAUACACAACGAAAUGCUGAUGCUACUGAGCUUGGCAGUGAGGGCCUAGAAGCGGAUUCCCAAUUUGCACUACGCAUUCUUAUAUUCUUGGUAUUUGCGUGGAUGACUGCACUUGUCUUUAACUCAUUAAUGAUGGCUGUACCUCUUUUACUUGGACGGGCACUUUUUCAAGCAGCGGCUGACUUCCUUGAUGGAUUUAAGUGUGAUGAUUUUUGUUCUUUCAUUGUUGGAAGCUGUGUUAUCCGGGCAGUUGUAAUCUAUACCAAGUAUGGUCUAGAACAUGCUCAAACAAGAGGUGUGGGGUCUCUUUUGAGCCAAAUACGACAGUACUGUAUGACAGCCUUCAAGAUUUUUGCUCUUCUGUCAUUAGGGAUAUUUGUAAUUCCGACGGUGGUUGGUCUUCUGCUAGACCUAGUGUUGGUUGUUCCCAUUCCAUUACAUUUGGAUGAAGUCUCAAUUUUCACCGUCUUUCAAUGUUGGGUACUAGGAUGGCUCUUUUUUAUCACUUUAGUUGGACUGAUAAUAGUCGAUAACGUGCAUUCUCUUGAUGGGAGGUGUCUGUUGCAGCUUCAGCGGGUACUUAACGAUGGUCUUUCCCAUCGACAUGCCCUCUCGGUGCUCAAAGAGUUUCUUAUAGUACUUUCUACUGCAUACAUGCUUGCCAAACCUGUAUUAACCACGCUUGGAUAUCCCUUUCCAGUCAACUCUGCCAUUCAUCGUGUUGGUUGGCCAGGAUACUUUGCUUUGAGCAUCAUGUGGUUUUGUGCAAAGAUUCUCCAUGCGUGCGUGACUUAUUUGCACAGAAAGAUCAGAGACGACCGCUACUGCCUCGGUCAAAGGCUGCAAGAUUAUGGGCAAGACGUUCGUUGUGGGCAAAAUGAAGAGGGGACGGCACUAGAACUGCAAAACUGAUAAUUUUCGUAGUUGGAUUGCCUGCAAGUGCAAAGUGGCUGACUUUUCAUGGUUGCAUGUAUUUUGAGAGGUUUGUGGUCAUAUCCUUUGUAUAGUCUCUAUCGCCAUUAACUGCCACGAAAAUAGGAAUAGAAAUAGAUAGGUUGUACAUAGAUUUAACCUUGAAACUAGUUAAACUCUGAGUGUUUGCUAAUGGAAGGUCCAAUUAUACUAUAAUCCUAUAGGGUAGUGAGAAUGGCGGAAACCAUAUUUGUUGGAACAUCUGUGGUUGAGAAGAGCUUAUUUAGUUUUUAUCACUUUUUAUUUCUUUUAUACUCUUAAAUCGCUGGCUUGCUUCUGACUAAGCCAAUGAUUUUUAACUAAACGAGUUCACUUUUAUUUGUACUGACUGGUUUACUUUAG